UGCUUGACGUGACUCUCUGUGCUCGAUCAAGCCUUUUCACUUUCACACUACCAAUAAUUCACCAUGAUGGGCUCUAUCAGUCCCGCACAGUCAACUUCACCGCCACCAAGGGAUUCUCGCAGAAUGUCGUCUGGGCAUUCAUCACCGUCUGAAGGUCAAGGGCUCUCCGAUCACCUCCGCAAACAUUCAUGACCCAUCUACCAUCUCGUCCAUCUCCACUCGGAGCCGGAUCCGCCCUAUCUCGAACGGUCUCCAACCCGCCGACCAAUAUGCCUCAAGCAUCUGGAUCAGGGCCAUCGCCGCGUCUAGGACCAACUCGACCUGGUGUCUUGUCGCCUCGAGGCUCAGUCGUCAGUCUCCCUGGGACUAUACCGCCUCGAGCGUCGACGCACACUGGGCUGUAUGGACUUGGAGGUGGGCAAAAGGUCAGCAGGGAGAUUUUAGGUAUACAAGAUAGGUUGCGGAAAGAGACUGAAGGUGUCGUCAAGCGGAGGACAGGGAGUGUGCUCGGGCGAGGAUACAUACUCAAGACCGAUCACUACCCAACCGGACGAGCCAUGGAUCUUGACCUCACCAUACAGGGCGCCCCUAACUUUCGUGCCCCGCUAGAAGAAGGUCUCAACGUUUUUGGCGUCGCUCAACCCACGACUGUUGGACUACAAUCUAUCCUCACUAUUCUCGGCUGUCAGCCCGUGCAUCUACUCCCUCCGCCUACAACCAUAUCUAGACGAGGCUCAGGCGUCCAAGCUGACAAGCCUAUUGUUAACCCUAGCCUUGAUGGUGCUGCCCUGUCCAAAGUGAAAUCGACCCCGAGUUCGACGAGUAUUCUGUUGGACGAGAAGUACGACGAUGCGGAGGGUCAGGCAGUGUGGUUCAGUACAAGGGAGGAGACGCUCAUAUAUUGCAACGGCCGGCCCUACGUCCUCCGAGACGCCGCAUCACCAUUCAAAACUUUGGCAUUCUCCGAACGCGCAGCUAACAUUGAAGACAUUGAACGUCGACUCAAACUUGACAUUCUCGAUGAAGCUCGGCGAUAUGGCGGGAUGAUCCUCACGCACGAUGAAGUGAGCGGGGGAGCUCUUAUUCCCACUUGGGUCAGCGUCGAGGACCGCACCAUCAAGACACCGAAAGAAGUCUGGAAUCAGUACAAGGAAGCAGGCUGGAGGGUCGAAUACUGGCGGAUCCCGAUAGCUCCGGAUACGCCGAUCGAAGACAAUUAUCUAGAUGCCUAUGUUAAUGUGCUGCAAAAGGUCGACCCUCUCACUACGUCUCUGGUAUUCAAUUGCGGCAUGGGAGUGGUAAGAACCACGUUCGCAAUGAUUGCUGCCCUGCUGGUUCGUCGAAGGCAAAUGAUCUUACGGGGACUCGACGACCCGUUUCCAAGUGCGACAGGUGGAUCUGGUGUCUCCACACCGGUCGCGGUGCCUCAAGCAGCUCAGCAGCUUGAACAGGCCACUCACCAGCAAAUCCUGAACAAGGCUCUUCUUCGUUUGACUCGAGUUCUGGAGCGGAACCUACCUUCUGUCCACCCUUCGACAGCCAUAGACCUCCUAUCGGCUCAUCCUCAGCUUUUAGAGCAACUUAGGAGAGCCCACAUGGGCAACUACCAGAUCGUCUUGUCCCUCCUCUCAAGUUUAGACCAUGGGAGGCAAAUGAAACAGCUCGUGGAUCAGAUCAUCGAUUCCUGCGAUGCUGUGGUGAACCUUAGAGAAAGCGUGAUAGAGCAUCGGAUCAAGUACAGUGUGUCCACCAUGGAAGACAGAAAUCGUCAAGCAAUCUUGGAAAAGGCACUUCGAUCGCUUGAGCAGUAUUUCGAUUUGAUCGUCUUUUCUGCUUAUGUCGAAGAAGAGGAUGCUGGUGAUACUGGGAAAAGCUUUUCACAGUGGCUAAUGGGACGUCCGGAGAUUUGGAAUCAGAUCAAGAUCUUACGCAGGCGAGGUGGUCACCGUCUAAUGUCAUUUGCACCUGCAAACGAUCUCAGCUUGAUCUCUCGGUCCGCCGAUGUCGCUGAACAUUCUUCAUUGUCCGGACAAAAGUCCAGAAAGGGGGGUCUGAGCGUCCAAGGUGGCAAAAUACUGGGCGAUGAGUGGGCAGAGCAUGUCGUUACGAACAGGACGGGGAUCAUGCUUCGGUCUUCGACGCUACUUAAAUCCGAUUUGUGGCUCACCGAAUCCGCUUCGUCCGCCGAAGGCGUUCGAGGCGCCGUUGGCUUCAGACAAGUUCGCGGGGCCCCUAUCUUUGCGACAGGUCAGCCCACCCAGGAAGCCAUUCAAACCAUCCUCAAGGCGGUUCACGAGCGGUGCGAUAAAGUUGACCGAGUCGUAUGGGUUUGCCUGAGGGAGGAGCCUUUGGUGAUGAUCAAUGGCUCUCCGUAUUGUCUCCGAAAGACCAGUUUUGCUCUCAGAAACAUGCGAGACUACUCUGGCGUUUCGGCAUCCCGUCUGGAGAUGCUCGAAGACCGUCUGAAAUCGGAUGUCUGCUCAGAAUUAGACGAAUUCCAAGGUCGGAUCUUGCUUCAUACAGAGACCGCCGACGGCGAAGUGGUGCCGGUCUGGGAGAGCGUCGAUAAGCUGGACGUAGCCUCCGUCAGAGAGGUCAUGGAUGAUGUGGCGGCUCACACCAAGGACGUGCAAUUGGAAUUUGUCAGAGUUCCCAUCACAUCUGAAUCCUCGCCAGAUUUCCACGAUGUGACGGAAUUGCUGGAGCUCUGUGUUCGCACAGAUCUGAGCAGUACUGCCUUUGUGCUGAACGAUCAAUUGGGUCGAGGCCGAUCAUCCAACGCAGCCAUCAUCGUUCUCCUCAUCGAGCGAUGGUUGAGUCGCGGCAGUCGUACGCGGAAGGGAGAUCAUAGAACCAUUCAAUACGAGAUUCUUUUUCCCGGUGAGGAGAGUGAUGAGAACUCUACACCAAGAAGAAAUAGGGGAACGGAUGCCAGUCCUUUGAAGAGCAUGUCGAGGACGCGGGAUCGAACACCUAUACAUUCGACGCCGCGAUCCAGCUGGCAAAUAAUUAACAGUUGUCUGAGAAUCAUCCGAAACGGCCUGAGGGUCAAGAGGAUUGUGGACGAAGCCAUUGAUGCUACUUCCGCUCAAUUCAAUCUACGCGAUGAGAUUGAGGAUCUGCGCAUGAAGGCAUUGCAAUGCAAGACGCCAGAUGAGAAGCAUCAUCUAGUCGAACGAGGGCUCAACAGUCUUCGGCGAUAUUACCACCUCAUCGUCUUCCAGGCUUAUCUUGAUGACACCUCGCCUGAUGAGGAUCAUCCUUAUUCUUUCGAGUCCUUUGUACGACAUCGACCUGUGUUCAAGACUCUCGAGAAUGAACUCGAGGAAGGCGGGAUCGAAGCGCUUACACCUAUUGAUCGAAUGGAGCCUGCGGCCGGAAUGGCGCUACCCGACGAAGUGUCGAAAGUGGUUGCCAAUCGGUCGGGGGUUAUCCUAUCCGCUCAAACGAUCCUCAAAUCAGAUUUCUUCUCCGGCCUGCAGAAGCAGUCUCUGCCGGAGCGAGUUGACGGCGCUGCCAACUAUCGCAAACUACCUAUCAUUCCUCAGCUCGACGCUUUCGACGAGGGAGGCGAGGCGAAUGGCUUGCUUGAUCGUCACGUCUAUGGGACUGGUAUGCCAAAUGAUACAGGACUUCGUAAGGCACUCGAAAAGAUGGGUGCAGGUCCCAAUGGCUCUCGAAGGGUCACUUGGACCUCCCUUCGUGAGGAGCCGGUGCUCUACGUCAAGGGAAAGCCAUUUGUCUUGCGUCUGGUGGAUCGGCCCCUGACCAAUGUCGAGACGACUGGAGUGACUGCAUCCGUUGUUGAAAGAAUGGAAACAACCCUAAGGGAAGAUGUCCUGAGAGAACUCAAAAAGUCUCAAGGUCGCAUGCUUCUUCAUGACGAACAGGAGGUCAAGCCAGGCGACUACGAGGUCAUUCCCAUCUGGGAGAAUGUUGAACCGGAAGAGGUCACGACUCCCAGAGAGCUGUAUGAGAAGGUCAUCCAAGAGGGGUACAAAGUCGAUUAUGCUCGUGUGGCGAUAACCGACGAGCAGGCCCCUUUGCCGGCGUCUUUGCAAUUUAUCGUUGGACGAGUGGCCAGGGGUCUCGAGACGGGCUGUGACUUUGUUUUCAACUGCCAGAUGGGUCGGGGAAGGACGACAACCGGUAUGGUGACGGCUUCUCUGAUCGCUACGAUCACCAUGGAGGAUAUGACGCUGGAAAGUGUCACCGAUCUCGAAGAAUUCGCGAGUCAUGGCGAAGAUGGCUUGGCUUCAGAAUCCACCCAAUACUUGAAUGGAGAAUAUAAAACGAUACUCCAGCUGGUUACUGUAUUAAGCCAUGGAAAGCAGGCUAAAAGAAUCACGGACAAGGUGAUCAAUCUCAUGGAAGGUGUCCAAAAUCUGAGGCGAGCGGUCUACGAGUGCGUGACAAAAUGCCCUUCUGUCAAGACAGUUCACCACGAGCUCAACUAUCCAUGCAGUUUCAAGCUCAAAGUUGAUGCUGCUGAAAUUGGAUCCGCUAAAUAUUCAGCGUUGAUGAAACAAGCGACAAAUUACUUGUACAGAUACGGCACAUUGAUCGUAUUUGCCAAUUUCCUCUUAGAGAUGAAGGAAAAGGGCACAACGUUAGAAGAGACUGAUUUCCCAGCGUGGUUGACGUAUCAUCGGGAGAUCAGCUCUGUUCUCAGUCGGAAAGGAUUAGAUUGAAAAACGUCACGAGCGACGAAUGAUCACUGGAUCAUGUACACAUGUAUUUGGAUUUUGGACAGUACUUUGGGGACA